UAUAUCUAAACUCGUCUCUAGAAAUAUUUCAUAAAUUUGUGAAGUUUUGAAUUCGAUUUAGACUCCAUGUUAAACUAGAAAAGAAUUUCAUGUUUGUCAAAGUUACGAUAGGGCGAGUGUAACAUAGAGGGGGGUAUGACGAUCUAAGAGAGAAAGAAAGAAAGCGGAAGAACAAAGUAUAAGUGGCCCUUUGUCGGUUCUUAAGCAUAAUUAUAAUAGCGUGUCGAUAAUAUACAGUGAAAAAAAUUAGAGGAAUAUCAUUGAUACAGAAUAAAAUACCUCAAAUUUAAUAACUAACUUGAAAAAACAAGAAUCAUAUAAAGAGUUCUUAAAUCGUACGUGUAAUAAAGGAAUAUUGUAUGAGUCAAAAAAUAGAAAAGCCAGUGUUGUCAGGUCAACGCAUAAAGACCAGAAAAAGAGAUGAAAAAGAAAAAUAUGAUCCAACUGGAUUUCGUGAUGCAAUUCUUUCUGGUCUUGAAAAGGCUGGCAAUGACUUAGAAGCUGUUUCAAAAUAUUUGGAUACUGCUGGUUCAAAGUUGGAUUAUCGUCGUUACGGUGAAGUUCUUUUUGAUAUUUUAAUAGCAGGUGGUCUUUUAGUACCUGGUGGAUCUAUUGCUCAAGAUGGAGAUAAACCAGUCAAAACAAUGGCAUGUGUUUUUGAACAAUCCGAAGAUAUGGAAUCAAUGCGCAAUUUUGAACAGGUUUUCAUUAAACUUACACGACGAUACAAGUAUUUGGAGAAAAUGUUCGAAGAAGAAAUGAAAAAAGUUCUAGUAUUUAUGAAAGGAUUUACUCCAACAGAAAGGAUUAAGUUAGCAAGAAUGACUGCAUUGUGGAUUUCUAACGGAGCUGUACCACCAACUGUUCUGUCUGUUUUAAUUAAUGAACAUCUUGUAAAGGAUAAUCUUGCAUUAGAUUUUCUUCUUGAAGUAUUUGUUACAUGGAAACAAGAAAAAGGCUUACCCAGUUUAAUGACUGCACUUAAACGUGGAUGCAUUGAAGGGCGAUUGAUGGAAUUUGUGCCACCAAACAAACGAACAGAUGAAUAUUUUAGAUCUGUUUUUGAAACUGCUGAAUUGGCUGAUAUUGUAAAAUUACAUAAAGCUCAAGCAAGCCAAGAAGCGAAACGUGACCUACAACAGUUACUGCUGGAUGAUUUAGCUGAUAACAAGCCAAUCAAAGAUAUUGUAAGUGAUCUUAAAGAAAUGGCUCAACGAUGUAAUAUUCCUGAACAUGAUAUUAUUGGAUUGAUUUGGAAUGUAGUAAUGGGCCAAGCAGAAUGGAACAAAAAAGAAGAGUUAGUUGCUGAACAAGCCUUAAAACAUUUAAAGGUUUAUACACCAUUGUUUGGAGCAUUCACUAAUUCUGCUAAAUCUGAGCUUGCUCUAAUUCUUAAAGUUCAAGAAUUUUGCUAUGAGAAUAUGAAUUUCAUGAAAGUCUUCCACAAAAUCGUUUUGCUCUUCUAUAAAACGGACGUUGUAUCAGAAGAAGUGAUUUUAAGGUGGUAUAAAGAUGGGCAUUCUGUUAAAGGUAAAAUGCUCUUUCUAGACCAAAUGAAAAGAUUUGUGGAGUGGUUACAAAAUGCAGAAGAGGAAUCAGAAUCUGAAGAUGAUGACUAAUACAUUUAAGAUACAUUCAAGCACAUUGCCAGAAAACAGUUCAUAUUAUUCUACCAAAA